UGUGCCACAAGCCAUAGCGCAGUUGUUUGACAUUUCCAUUGUUUGUAAAUAUCGAUAACUUCGAUGUCAAGCAAGAAAAUAAUAACAAAAAACAGCUGAUUUUGAAUCUAUUUUAUCGCAUUUGCUUAUUUUUUGCUAAAAUCAAAAGCGGCUUUCUUUUUUUCAUAAAAAGGUCGCGUCCAACAUCGACAAACCGAAAGUGGUAAUAAGAUGACAUUGAAGGCAGCUUUAAUAGACUUAAGUGGCACAUUACACGUUGAAGAUGAAGCAACACCGAAUGCCGUAGAAGCAUUAGAAAGAUUACGCGCUUCCGGCGUAAUUGUGAAAUUUGUCACAAAUACAACAAAAGAGUCCAGUAAUACAUUAUAUAAUCGCUUGUGCAAAAUUGGCUUUAAUUUAAAAAAGGAAGAAAUUUACAGCUCUCUUAGUGCUGCUGUUAAUUAUAUAAAACUUCACAAAUUAAAUCCUUAUUAUCUUGUCAGUGAAGAUGCACGCACGGAUUUUCCACCUUAUGAUAAUACUAAACCCUUUGAUUCCGUGGCUAUUGGACUAGCACCUAAAGAGUUUCAUUAUGAUAACCUCAAUAAAGCUUUCAACAUUUUGUUGGCUAAUAAAUGUAACCAGUUGAUUGCUAUACAUCAAGGUAAAUACUACAAGACUAACAAUGGGUUGGCGUUGGGCCCAGGUUCUUUUGUUAAGGGUCUACAAUUUGCUACAGGAACAGAACCUAUCGUGAUUGGAAAACCAAAUGAGUAUUUCUUUAAAUCUGCUAUACCUGCAGAUAUUCGCCCUGAAGAAUGUGUUAUGAUCGGAGAUGAUGCUAAUGAUGACAUUGAAGGUGCUAUGUCUGCUGGUCUUAAGGGUAUCCUUGUAAAAACUGGCAAAUAUAGAAAGGAAGUUGUUAUAAGCCCAGAACCAACGGCACUUGUAGAGAACUUUAAUUCGGCUGUUGAUUGGAUUAUAUCUGUUAAUACGUCAAUAUGAAUAAAAUUUUAAAAAAUCUCUGAAAUAUGCACAAUAAACAUGAUGAUAUUAUGGUGCAAUUUUGAUAUCAAAUAAAAAUUAAUUUUACAAAAGCUGACAGAAAUCUUAAUA